UGCCUUUUCUGUCUCUUCCUUGUAACGAACUGCAUCAUCACCUCCACGACCAUCUUUGUCAAGACCCUGUUCUCAACAACUAUUUUAUUUCCUUAACGUCGUUCGCCAGACCACUAUAACUAGAUUCAGGAUCGCCCUUCACCCGAUUAACAAUCGCUCAUUCAACACUGUUCACCACCCUCAACCUAAAGGGACGUCAUUAGGACAGCAACGCCACCAAUUUCUGCAACUCCACUUCAGUACAACAUGACUGAUCAGGCAGUAACCGCUUCCAACAAGGCGACAGGGCCCACUUCCUUCAGUCCAAUCGAUACUGCGCAAACCCUUUCAUCUUCAAGCGCAGCAACUGAGGGGAUCAAUGCUACUUCACAUACAGCUUCUGCUCCAUCGGUUGCUCAUGAGGAAACCGUCGGACGGCCCGUUACCAGGGCUGAGCUGCCACCGGAGGUUCAAGCUAAGAUCGAAAGGAACCGACAAGCAGCGCUGGAGAGAAGGGCAAAAUAUCAAAGGAGACUGGAGUCUGAACAGGCGAUUGCUCGAGAGUUUGGAGAAAGCAGUGAUGCUGGGUUCGUUAGCACGGGGAAUAGGGCCGAAGGCAACCAACAAUUAUCCAUCUCAGCAAUCAUUGAGCAGAACGCCCACUUGAUCCACAAAGCCAUGGAGGAGAUUGAACCACUACCAAAGAACCAAUGGACAAAAUUUUACGACUAUGAUCUGUCGAAAAUGAAGGAUACAAGAGCCGGUUUUAUUCAGGAGCUGGACGAGAGGGAUGCGGUCGGUUCAAGUGCAUCGGCGGAGGCAGAGAACUUGAGGAAGCGGAAAUGGCAGCCAACUGUCGCAGAAUCUGAUCCAUCUAUCUUUCUCGGCGCUGAGGACAACUACGAAUGUCAGGAUUGCACUUCUGUCGAUAUUGAUUUCCAGCUCCUGCGCCAUUUUCAUGUCCCUGUCUGCAUCGGUUGUCGAGACACGCAGCCAGAAAAGUAUUCGCUCUUGACAAAGACAGAAUGCCGCAUGGACUACUUGCUCACGGAUCCUGAGUUGCGCGAUACCGAACUGUUCCCACAUUGGGAGAGACCUAACCCGAAGAAGGCGACCUGGAACAACAUGAUGCUGUAUCUGCGCUGUCAGGUAGAGGAGUUUGCAUUCAAGAAGUGGGGCGGUCCCGAGGGUUUGGAUCGAGAAUUUGAGAGGCGUGAGCGAGACAAAGAGUCCAGAAAGGAGAUUAAGUUUAAAAAGGAGCUCCGGAACCUUAGAAACAAGACAAGGACGUCUAUUUGGCAGGACAAGAAGAUGCAACAGCGAUCCAAGGUCCACAAGCAUAAUUUUGGAACGGCACUGGUUGAUCCAGAGUCGGGGGCUUCUGUGCAGACGUGCAUUGAGUGUGGGAUCCAAGUUGAAUGUGAGGAAUUUUGAGCCUGCUCUAGUCCUUCGUGCAUGUACAUACAAUCGUGCGACUGGCGCAAUAAAACAGUCGAUUUUCAUGA